UGUUCUCAGUUCGUCGAGCUACAUGCGGUCAGUUGAAAAACUUCAAUUCAUUGAGCUACUUGCUUGUGAUCAGUUGGAAAGCUACAGUUCAUCGAGCUGCUUGCGAUCAGUUGAAAAGCUUCAAUAUGAGCGAAUUUUUGAAUAAUAGUUUGCAGUUGCCUUUCACUGAAAAGGUCCAGCACGACUUCUCUUGCUAUGUUUACCUGGGACUCGGCUGGGGCAGUUUCCCUCAAGAGAGAAUACUCAACAUAAUCAUAGCCCAAGAAGGCUACGAGGCACAUAAAGUAAUACAAUAUGGCGUUUAUUGGACCCACUUGUACAUACGAUUUAAAGAUGGAGUUUCUGCCUCAAAAUCAGUUGCAUCUUUUCAGCAAAUGGAAAGAAUAUUCAAUGCCGUAAUCGUCAAAAAUCUACUUUCUGCAUUGCACAGUAUUGAGCUAAAGAAAAUCCUUCGCCCAUCCAAUCAUCACCUUUAUUAUCAGCCAACCAUCGCCCGGAUUGAUGCCGUAGACAAAGAAGAAAGCCUUCGUACGCCCGUAAAUGGGCAAAUUCUUCAGAUUAUACAGCGAAAGUUUGGGUAUCCUGUGAUUAGAUAUUCCAUGGAAAACGAAGUUACAGUAUCGAAACUUGAAUUCUCGACAAUGGCUGAAGCUGUUGGUGCUACUAUUGCUUUUGGUCUAUGGUCUAAAGGCUAUGAAACUUUUCCUAAUCGUUUUUACCACAAGAUAAGAAUUUUUAUGAGAAGGAAGGAGGCUAACCUCAUCCAAGGAAUCUGCGCUGCUCGGGGAAUUCCUCCUGCCACCAUUAAGCUGGAUUAUUUCUUGAGUCAUAAUAUAGUUAAUGAAGCCUGGAGAUGCAUGUGUGGCACUUAUUACCCAAGACCACAAGAUUCAUUUUCUCGAAUGAAUUCCAGUUUUGUAUUUGAGGAGCAAGUGCAAGAUGAUAGUUUUGAAAACGGGCUGAUCGGCGCAGAAUGUCAGAUUUCAGAAGCGGAAAUCGUCAAUGAUAGCUAUCCAAGUUUUUUUGAACGAAGGAAUUUGAGCUUAGAAUAUCCAUUCAUUAACAGUGAAUAUGGUGUCGGUUCGGUAUUUUCUGAUACUUCAGAUUUUCCUGGUUCUGAUAGUACUUCUUUGGAGCGUGCUCACCAGUAUGCAUAUUUCUCACGAAAUAUACCCUUCCUUGAGAAAGAGGUAAGGCCUACAACCAAUAUUCCCCGAGAAGUAGCUAUAAGUAACGAACCGUUAAAUUUCGAGCAUCCGUCUUUACCGCAAAAUCAGGUGAAACAGGAAAACUCUCACGUUUGUCAAUUUGCUCCAAAGACUGAUGUUUUACCGUCUACCAGUAUUCGUCCUCCACGUAUGUGCCAGGAUAACUUACAUAAUACCAGAUCGGUUGAUAACAAAAAACAUAGAAGAAAUUUUGAUAGAAGGAAUAGAGGCGUUGGAAAAGAGAAGUCCUGUACUUGAAAUUUUACUCUUCUUCUAUACCGAAAAAGUAAACUCGUAAGACUGUCUGAUACAAGAUCGUUUCAUCUUGAUCUGGCAUGCAUAAAAGAACUGUUGGAAUUCUCCUUUUGGCUUGCAUUCCAAACAGUAUUGUUGGAAUAAAAUUCUGACUUGCCAUGUAAGACUAAUGUUGGAAUGCAAGAUCUUUUAAUCUGUCUUCUAGGAACAGGAAGCGCUCCAAACUGAACUGAUUCGUUUAUUUUAUAAUUCCAAGAUAUUGACCUUCAUUCAGUGAUGAUGUAAUAUUAGAAUAUAUAACAUUUACUUGCGUAAAUUUUCUGUCGUAAAAGAAGUCUAGUGCGAAUGUUAUACAUUUAUGAAAUGACAUUUGAAAAAAAGAUUGUUUUUAGUUUGCACGGUAGAGAAUGGUCAUCCAUUUUUAUUUCGUUUAUUGAUUGCUUUUAUAAGAAUUGUUGUUUUAGAACUUGAGAUUUUGCUUUUCAUUGGACAUUUACUCGAAAAAUAAAAUUCGAAUUUUAAUGUUUUGUCA